CAGGGUGGGGGGCAAGGCUCAGACCUGACGAACGCAGGCUGCGGUCCCCGCGCCGCAGCGCUGCGGCUGGCAGCCCUUCGCCUGGAGGCCGGCAGCCACCAGGGUGCCAAUAUGUAAAGCAGCUGGCGGCGCUGGGCGGGGCCUGUGUGCAAUGCAAAUGAGGAAGGCGGAGCCUCCCCGCGGCUCCUCCUCCCUCCCCCGCAGCUGGGGCCAGCCGUGCCAAGCGCAGCUGGACCAGCGGCCGCAGCUGGGCGAGUGACAGCCCCGGCUCCGCGCGCCCCGGCCGCCAGAGCCGGCGCAGGGGAAGCGCCCGCGGCCCCGGCAGCAGCAGCGGCCGCCUCCUCCCGCGUCUCCUGGGCCCGCAGCCCGCGGUCCCGCGGCCCCGGGGCCGGCACCUCUCGGGCUCCGGCUCCCCGCGCGCAAGAUGGCUGACCCGGCUGCGGGGCCGCCGCCGAGCGAGGGCGAGGAGAGCACUGUGCGCUUCGCCCGCAAAGGCGCCCUCCGGCAGAAGAACGUGCACGAGGUGAAGAACCACAAAUUCACCGCCCGCUUCUUCAAGCAGCCCACCUUCUGCAGCCACUGCACCGACUUCAUCUGGGGCUUCGGGAAGCAGGGAUUCCAGUGUCAAGUUUGCUGCUUUGUUGUGCACAAGCGGUGCCAUGAGUUUGUCACAUUCUCCUGCCCUGGCGCUGACAAGGGCCCAGCCUCUGAUGAUCCCCGGAGCAAACAUAAAUUUAAGAUCCACACGUACUCCAGCCCCACGUUUUGUGACCACUGUGGUUCCCUGCUGUACGGACUCAUCCACCAGGGGAUGAAAUGCGACACCUGCAUGAUGAACGUCCACAAGCGCUGUGUGAUGAACGUCCCCAGCCUCUGUGGCACGGACCACACGGAGCGCCGCGGCCGCAUCUACAUCCAGGCCCACAUCGACAGGGACGUCCUCAUCGUCGUUGUAAGAGAUGCUAAAAACCUUGUACCCAUGGACCCCAAUGGCUUGUCAGAUCCCUACGUAAAACUGAAAUUGAUUCCUGACCCCAAAAGCGAGAGCAAGCAGAAGACCAAAACCAUCAAGUGCUCCCUCAACCCUGAGUGGAAUGAGACAUUUAGAUUUCAACUGAAAGAAUCGGAUAAAGACAGGAGACUGUCCGUAGAGAUUUGGGAUUGGGAUCUGACCAGCAGGAAUGACUUCAUGGGAUCUCUGUCGUUUGGUAUUUCUGAACUGCAGAAAGCUGGUGUCGAUGGCUGGUUUAAGUUACUGAGCCAGGAGGAAGGUGAAUACUUCAAUGUCCCCGUGCCGCCAGAAGGAAGCGAGGGGAAUGAGGAACUGAGGCAGAAAUUUGAGAGGGCCAAGAUUGGCCAGGGAACCAAGGUUCCAGAAGAAAAGACGACCAACACCAUAUCCAAGUUUGACAACAAUGGCAACAGGGACCGGAUGAAACUGACGGAUUUUAACUUCCUGAUGGUGCUGGGGAAAGGCAGCUUUGGCAAGGUCAUGCUGUCGGAGCGGAAAGGCACAGAUGAACUCUACGCUGUGAAGAUCCUGAAGAAGGACGUGGUGAUCCAAGAUGACGACGUGGAGUGCACCAUGGUGGAGAAGCGGGUGCUGGCUCUGCCUGGGAAGCCACCCUUCCUCACCCAGCUCCACUCCUGCUUCCAGACCAUGGACCGCCUGUACUUCGUGAUGGAGUAUGUGAACGGGGGUGACCUCAUGUACCACAUCCAGCAAGUUGGCCGGUUUAAAGAGCCUCAUGCUGUAUUUUACGCUGCAGAAAUUGCCAUCGGUCUAUUCUUUUUACAGAGCAAGGGCAUCAUUUACCGUGACCUAAAACUUGACAACGUGAUGCUGGAUUCUGAGGGGCACAUCAAGAUAGCUGACUUUGGCAUGUGUAAGGAAAACAUCUGGGAUGGGGUGACAACUAAGACGUUCUGUGGCACUCCAGACUACAUCGCCCCUGAGAUAAUUGCUUAUCAGCCCUAUGGGAAGUCCGUGGAUUGGUGGGCAUUUGGAGUCCUGCUGUAUGAGAUGUUGGCUGGACAGGCACCCUUCGAAGGGGAGGAUGAGGAUGAACUCUUUCAGUCCAUCAUGGAACACAACGUGGCGUAUCCAAAGUCCAUGUCCAAGGAGGCCGUGGCAAUAUGCAAAGGGCUGAUGACCAAACACCCAGGCAAACGUCUGGGUUGUGGGCCUGAAGGUGAACGUGACAUCAAAGAGCAUGCAUUUUUCCGGUAUAUUGAUUGGGAGAAACUUGAACGCAAAGAGAUUCAGCCCCCGUAUAAGCCAAAAGCUUGUGGGCGAAAUGCUGAAAACUUCGACCGAUUUUUCACCCGCCAUCCACCAGUCCUAACACCUCCUGACCAGGAAGUCAUCAGGAAUAUUGACCAAUCAGAAUUCGAAGGAUUUUCCUUUGUUAACUCUGAAUUUUUAAAACCUGAAGUCAAGAGCUAAGUAGAUGUGUAGAUCUCCGUCCUUCAUUUCUGUCAUUCAAGCUCAACGGCUACUGUGGUGACAUUUAUUUUAUUUUAUUUUUUCAUUGCCAAGUCGCAUCCAUGUUUGAUUUUCUGAUGAGACUAAAGUGACCGUGUUUCAGGACCCAAAUGUCCUCAGGUGGUUUGGAGCAUCUCUGCAAGAUGGGAUUAUGCAGGUGGCUAGAGAAAAUGCUGCUGCAUAAUUAACACAUCAUCAAAGUCCUCUUAACAAUUCAUUUUCUGCAGCAUGUCAGCUAAGUAGACCCAGUGGGGAAAGAAAAUGCCUGCUUUCUUCCCCUCUUUCUCUGCACUGCUGUUUUCACCCCAACCAUCCAGUCUCGAUCCUUCCUACCAAAUACAUGGAUGAUUGAAUGCUAGCAGUGUUCUUCUACUUCCGGCCUGGAGUGUGACUUGUACCCAAGUAUAUGGUUGCUUUGGCCUAGAGGGAAUCCUUCUCUUUUAUCUGUUAUGGAGACAUCAGAGCCUUGAAAAGAACAUGCUCAAAAAUAAAAACAAAAAAUUUUAACUCAAAAUUAAGAAAAUUAUCUACGUUCUAAAAUUCCAAGAGUGUGCUUCUAGAUAAUUUCAAUCUAAAAUCACAUUGGAGGGUCAAAAGGCAACCAGCUUGGGUGUUACCUCAGUGUUGUAAUUUCUGACACUAUAUGUCUCUGGUCACCUUCAUCCCCAAACUACUGAAAAAAGGGCAUUUGGCACCACUCCCUGAAAGACACGGUCACUCUAGCAAGGUCCCCAAGGGCCAUGGUUUUACAUUACAUUUCAAACUUCAUUUGCUUUGGGAUUUUUGUUUCUGUUGUUCAAAUGCAAAAAAAAAAGAGUGACUCACUUUGUUACACGUGCUUUAAAAUAUGUGUCCAGAUGUCAUUAACCACAAUGAUCUGCUUUGAUUUUACCAAGAAGACAGUUGUGGACCCUAGCAGACCCAGGCCAGUGGCGAUGGGAUUUGCCUAUGUUCGUCACUGGCUUUGGAAAGCUCAUUAAGUGCUCUGAAAAAAGAAGCCAUUUCUUGAAAGAAAAACGGUUAUAUUCUUCACUUUGAUGUUUUGCCAGAUGUUUGUGGAAAUGUUCAUUUGUACCUGGAUAUCUGUUAUGUGCCCUUUUUCUUCUAGCAUCGAGAUACAAUAAAAAAAAAAAAAAAAAAAAAAACAAAGAAAAGAAGAAGAAAUACUAUUUCAAGGAAAACUGAUCCUUUUGAAAAAUGUGGACCCAGACUACAAAGUGGGGCCUGAGGAAGGAACUCAGGAGAAAGAAACUAAAUCCAGAGCUUAAUCUUGGCCCCAGUAUUCAGCCAGUCAGAGAGAUAGGGGCUGUGGACCAUUCAGGGACUCCUGGUGGCCUUCAGUGAGGCGAGAUGGCCUGUCCAGAACCUCUAAGGAUGUUGGAGCCCAAAGCCCACAUUUCUACCAGAGUCAACUUUCAAGGCCAGCUGGAAACAUGAAUGGGGCUCUACACUUUCUUAUCAAAAUUACCACUCCUCCCAGCUUGGACUAAGUAUUCAUUCUAGCAGGCAGUUAGAAGGAAACGCUUGGGUGGGAGAAAUUUCCUUUCUGUCUGAGCGGAUUAAUACAGCAGGUGACUCUCAUCCUUGCCUGCUGUGUCCUGCUGUUCUCAGGCAGCCCUAAUGAGAAUUCUUAUCACAAGUGAUUUCAGUGAUUUCCAAAAGUUCCAGGGCUUCUCAGAGACCAUCAAGGGAACAUUAAAAACUUAACAAAUGUCCUUGAUAUAAGACUUCCUAUCCUUAAGAAAACCAUGAUAUGGAUUUCCACUUAGGCAAAGUCCCCCGAAGAUCAGACUUCUCUGCUUUUUUAUAGCUUCAGAUUUGGGGAGCAUGGUGGUAGUGUAGACCUGAAGUAAAGAAGUAACUUGCCCAAGGUCAGUCAGCUGGGAUAUAAACCCAGGUUUCCUGAUCCUCAGCCCAGGGUUCUUUCUGCUUUCUGACAAAGUAAUAGGCAUCUCUGAAUCAUUCCCACGAACCAGCAAGUUAUUUCAGGUCCUUCAUCUGGCUGUGGGACCAUGCUCUCAUUCUGCUUGAAAGAUAAAAAAACCCACAGAGAAACUCUGAGCCAUUGACAUAAAAUCUGACACAACUUUAGAGAACUAUGUAGGAUGGAUGGGUAGAAAGAUAGACAAAAUACAGUGUAUCUGUAUAUUAACUCUACAUUUUCCAAAUUCUUGCCACUUUUUUCACAAGUUUAGUAGUUUGCAGAAAUAGACAUACAAGCCAAAGUCUCUGUUCCCCUAGCACACUUUCCUGGGGAUUGGUCAUACAGGGAAGGAAGGAAUCAGUAAUCAGAAUUCCUACAAUUUCCUCUCUGUCCACAUUUCCAGUGCAGAGAAGUCCGAGAAACAGAGCUCUUUUAAGAAAACAUAGGGCCAUAGCCACAAUGACCUUCUGGGGGGGAUUAAUAGGAGGAGGUCACUGGAAUUAAUAGACCUUGGAUGAAUGCUGCUGUUCUCAUGUGGCCUCAGAUGCUUUCAACCCCAAAGGAAUUAUCCCAACAAAGAGACCCAUUCUUUCCCAACUUCUAGGGUAAAAUCCAGGAGUGUUUCCUAUGGGGAUCUGCUCACAGGAUAAAGUCUUUAAGGACAAAUCCUAUCUGGACCAUGUGGCUACCUGAAGCAUAAGUCUUUACCAUCACAAGAAAUGGGGAAGGGCUUCCAAAGUUGGGGCUGGUGGGAUGGGAACUUUUGCUAUGUGCCCACAAACAGGGAAGGCUGGAUAGGGUUGAUGAAACCAGGGAAAACCUGAAAGGAGGCAGCUCCUAUCUUUAGCCUUCCAGCCCACACAUAGCCAUGGGGCUCUCAGACCUUCAAGGGGCCUCACACAGUUCAGUUUGUACAGGGGCUCAAAAUGGACAGUGGCCCAUUUGGGGGACCUGUAGAGCAAUGAGAAUAAGUUCCAUUGUUUUGCAUCAGAGUGAGGUCCCUGCCUUGGGGGUGACUAUAGGUUAGAAAAAAUGAGGAGGCCCUUCUUUGGUCAAGUCUUCAUUCAUUGAAUCAUUCAUUCACCAAAUAAUCACGAACAGCCUACCAUGUGUCAAGUACUGUUCUUGGCACUAGAAGUACAAUAAUGAAGAAACAGACAUUGCCCUAGAGACAAACAAUAAAUAAGCGAGACAUUUUCUGAAAGCAAUAAGUGCAAUAAAGACAAUGAGAAGGAUGCCGAAGUAUGACUUGCAGGGGUUGGGAGAGGGAUGCACAGACAAUAUUAGAGGAAGAGGAGGCAAGCGAGCUUUGCUGCAAACACAGGAAGUAACACACUGAGUUCCUGGGGGAUGGAGCCUCCCACAGCCCAGCACAGACUCACAGCAGGCAGGAAGAGGCAAGGCAGAGGGGGUGGGACGAGGCAGGAAGGGGCCCACCCUCCAGAAAACAGCUCCACUAGCAUCUCUGGCCUGUUCUGCUCUGGCCACACAUACCCAAGUAUGCUGCUAAGGCAGUCUGUCCUCCUCACUACCACAUCCCCACACAGAGUAGGCAGAGAACUCCAUAGAGACAUUUUACCUAUCUCAGAGGAACAGCCAAAAAGACACAUUCUUGUGAAAGGUGUCUUCCAAAGGAGAAGGAGCCCAGUAUUGGGAAACCCAUAUCAGCCAGAGACCAUUACGGGUAAACUUAAAGUCUGUGUGGCGAUUGGCCAAACUCUAAUGAGGCAAUCAGUCCUCAGAGGCCCGGCCACCCUGUUUAUAAUCUGUCUUCAGGCUAGUGGCCUGCCAGGGGCCCGUGAAUCCCAGGGGUUAUCCUUGGUUGUCCCUCGGGUUGUCCCGCCAGUCAGAGGAGCUGAGAGCAGGCAUACUGAACAGUGAUGUGGUCUAGAAAUCAUCACAAAUCCACAGUGUAGUCUUGGGCAAGUCCCUUCACCUGUCUGUGACUCAGUUUUCUCAUCUGUCAGACAAUGGGGAGGAGGGUGAGCACUCCAGCUCUAUCAGCCUCCCAGGUGGAUAGGUGAGGAUGGGAAGAAAUGAUAGGCCGACGGGGACCCUGGAGCGUUCAGCGUAACACACAGACUAUCCAUUCAUCAGCCCACACUCUGAUGUUCCUUGGUAAAACUUGCUCCAAACUAGAGUUAGUAAAUUAGGGUUAAUAUCUCCCCUAUGUCUUCACUAAAAAGAAGAAAUGCCAGGCAAACUAGGACAAUCAAGUUCUUUUGUUCUGUUUUUAUAAGACUGCCCUAACAGGCUUAACUCUAAGCUUUGGAUUUUGUUGCAAUGAUAACAACAAACACCUUUGGAGAGAACUUCUGGCUGAUGGAGACCCAAAUUCUAGUCUGUAGGUGGGUUAUUGGGUAUCCUCCUUCAAAGAUUGGAUUGUACCAUCACCUAUGGGGCGGACAGUCAUCAUCUCCUCUCAUUAAGCAGAGAUCUGAUUUCCCCAUGUGGCCAUUCCACCUUCUUGGAAGCAGAACAGCUGUACAAAUUCACCUUGACAAAGAAAGAGGCCUCCUAGCCACAGGGGUCGCUAUUGAACGGUUUUCUCCAGGACACUCUACCUAAUGGCAAAUUCUAUGCCAUUAUGCAUGGUGAUAAGUACUUUCCAAUUCAAUUCAUCUCAUAACCAAAGAAAAUACAACACACAUGUGCCACUUUGUGGCAAUACUUAAAGUAAUUCAAUGACUUAUUUCCUUUCUUAGAAAAUUGCCACCAAGUUUUCUAUCCCAAAGGCAACACACAGUGGGAAAUGAAAGCUAGUAUGUGCAAUGAGCUGCUAAAACUUGUCAGGACAGGGCUCUUUCUGACUCUGCUCAUGAGAUGACAUCAGACUCCCAGUAACUGGCGUGUCUUGGUCCUGUUUCCUUCUUCUUAUACUGUGUUAAUGUGUUUGCUUUCCAUUUGGCAGAGAGACAAGCGAGAUACCUCCAACUUCGACAAAGAGUUCACCAGACAGCCUGUGGAACUGACUCCCACUGAUAAACUCUUCAUCAUGAACUUGGACCAAAAUGAAUUUGCUGGCUUCUCUUAUACUAACCCAGAGUUUGUCAUUAAUGUGUAGGUGAAUGCAAACUCCAUUUUUGAGCCUGGAGCAUAAGACUUCAGGCCCAGUAUAUGUAUCAACUCUAGUCUUCCAGGAUUCAUGGUGCAUAUGUUGGCAGUCAACACGUGAAGAGCUUGUCUUAGAGGGCUUUUCUUUGUAUGUGUAGCUUGCUAGUUUGUUUUCUACAUUUGAAAAUGUUUAGUUUAGAGUAAGCACAUUAUCCAAUGAUAGAGGUACAAUUUUCCAAACUUCCAGAAACUCAUCAAAUGAACGAUGUCAAAAUUACCAUGUCUGAUACCAAAAUGCUUCGGUAUUUGUAAUUUUUAAAGUCAGAAGCUGAUGUUCCUGGUAAAAGUUUUUAUAGUUAUUCUACAAUAUCUUCUUUGAAUGCUAAGCAUGACUGGUAUUUUUAAGAGUUGUGAGUAAGCUUUGCAGUUACUGUGAACUAUUGUCUCUUGGAGGAAAUUUUUUUGUUUAAGAAUUGAUAUGAUUAAACUGAAUUAAUAUAUGCA